UACCAAUAAUUUACCCAGGGUAUGGUUUUCAUUCAUAACACUGCCAUAAAAGUUCAUGGUCAUUUGAGGUCCGAUAAAUGCCUUUUAGAUGAUAGAUUUGUGCUCAAAAUAACCGAUUUUGGACUCCCUACAAUUCAUUCCUUACACAGUCAGGAGAUUUUGCGAAUGGACAAAGGCAUGGAGAUGGAAUUAGAAGAAGAGAGAAACACCAACUCUCAAAGUCGUAAAUACCAUAAGCUUUACGAGGUCAGAAAACUAUGGGUCGCUCCAGAAGUGCUAAGAUCUUCCAUUGAUUUGUUUCACAGUUUACCAAAGGCUGAUGUUUAUAGCUUCGCCAUAAUACUCCAAGAAAUUAUUUUAAGGAAACCGCCGUAUUCUAUCAAUAGAAAAGAAAUAGAUAAAGCCGCCAAUAUAACGGAUAUAAUUACGAAGGUAAAAGCAAGUUUAAUUCCGCCUUUCAGACCCAUAGUAGCGAGUCAUGAUUGUCCGGAAGAAGUUAGGGAAUUGUUGAAAAUGUGUUGGAGUGAAGAUCCGGAAAGCCGACCCAAUUUUAAUUACAUACUUUCCGCCUUUAAAAGAUGCCUCAAAAAGAAUAAUAUGGGGGAGAACUUCGUGGACAAUAUAAUGAUCAGGAUGGAGAGAUACGCGGAAAAUCUGGACGUGAUACUUAAAAGAAGAAAUCAGCAUUUGAACGAGGCUCAGGAAAAAUCUCAAAAGUUGUUGUACAAGAUUUUGCCCAAACCCAUAGCGGAAAAUUUAAUUUCCGGAAGGACGAUAGAUUCUGAAGCGUUUGAUUGCGUUACCAUAUAUUUUAAUGAUAUAGUGAAAUUUACUGAUUUAUGUUCCAAAUUAUCACCUAUAGAGAUCAUAACUUUGCUAAACAAUCUUUACACGAUGUUUGACAAGUUGAUAGAGCCAAUGGAUGUUUAUAAAAUUGAAACAAUCGGAGAUGCUUACAUGAUUGCCUCAGGUGUUCCCAUUAGGAAUAAAGAUAAUCAUGCCAAUGAAAUAUGUAAAAUGGCAUUCAAAAUUUUAGACUUGGUGCGGGAAUUUAAAAUUAAUCCAAAUGGAUCUGACACUAAAGAGAAUCACAUUGAGAUUCGAAUAGGUGUACAUUCGGGUCCUUGCGCAGCUGGUGUUGUAGGAACAAAAAUGCCUCGAUAUUGUUUAUUUGGUGAGAGUGUCAGAAUAGCUUCAUUGAUGGAAUCAACGGGAAAAGCUAUGAAAAUUCAAAUAUCGGAGAUGACAAAGACAGUUUUGGAAAAUUUCCCGGGUUACAUAUUUAUCGAAAACACUUUGUGGAACGAGGAAAAAUUAGAAGAUCGAAAUUUUAAGACAUAUUGGUUGGAAAGGGAUGAUAGCGAUAUACCAACUACUUCAAAUUAUGAUAAUGAUAUCAAUUAGAAAAUUUCAAUGCUAUUACCUAUUUUUUUUUUAUAAUAUUCAAUUUAUCUUAAUGUUUGAUGUUAAUGCACAUGUAUUACGAUAUUAUUAUAUUUUAUCAAUAAUUUAUUAUAAUUUUAAAAAUAUUUAUAUAAA